AUGUCGUUCGCCCCUUUUGUCGGAGUGAAUCAUCAUGGACAGUCAACGUUGUUUGGUUGUGGUUUGUUAGCUAACGAGGACACUGAUACAUUUGUGUGGUUAUUCAAGACAUGGCUUGAGUGCAUGCAUGGACAAUCUCCGAAUGCAAUAAUUACUGAUCAAGAUCGGGCCAUGCAGAAUGCUAUUGGGAUCAUUUUCCCAUCUACAACACAAAGAUGGUGUUUGUGGCACAUUUUGAAGAAGUUGCCGGAGAAGUUUGGCUGUCACGUUGACAAGGGCAUGAUAUUUUCAGCUUUACACAAUCUGGUUUAUGAUUCACAAACUAUUGAAGAAUUUGAACAAGGAUGGAAACAAAUGAUUGAUACAUAUGAGUUGUGUGAGAAUAGUUGGUUGUCAGGAUUGUAUGACAAUAGAGGUCGUUGGGUUCCUUAUUUUUUAAAAACCACAUUCUGGACAGGCAUGUCAACAACCCAACGGAGUGAGAGUAUGAACGCGUUCUUUGAUAGGUAUGUCCACUCGAAGACGUCGUUGAAGCAAUUUGUAGAGCAAUACGAAAGAGCACUGAGGAGUAAGGUAGAAAAGGAGUUCCAAGCUGAUUUCAGGUCAUACUCACAAAUGCUGCUCUGUGCAACAAAUUAUGAAAUUGAAAAGCAUUUCCAGUCAGUUUAUACCAUCUCGAAGUUUAGAGAAGUACAGGAUGAGUUCAAGGGAAAGGUUCAUUGUGACAUCAUAUCUGCUACUGAGGGAUUUUCGAGGACAACAUAUGAGGUGCGCGAGGAUGUGAUGGGGAUUAUUUGCAGACAUGCAAUUGCGGUAUUGAUUCGAAACGACGUCACACGAUUACCGGAGAAGUACACACUGCGGAGAUGGAGGAGAGAUAUCAGUAGAGCACACGCGAUGAUUGCUGUAAACUACGAUGGUUUGGUCAGUACUCCCGGACAGUUAAGAUAUGACGAGAUGUGUAAGGCUUUUUCGCAAGUAGCCGAUCUCGCUGCAGAUGAUGAAGUCCGAACCCGGGCUAUAAUGGACUAG